CACAUUAAUAUUUAUCAAGUUUCCAACAAUGGCUUCAAGUACUUUAACCCUCAAAUUCUUCUCACUGCUAAUUUCCUCACUUGCCAUUGUUCAAAUGGCAAUGGCAGACCCCGACAUUCUUUCCGACUUCAUUGCCCCUCCAAAUGGAACAGUAGAUGGAAACUUCUUCACAUUCACCGGAUUACGUGUCCUUAUUAGUCGAGCCGAGCCUACAGACUUCACAGUAUUGAAGGCAACCAUGGCAGAGUUUCCUGCUCUCAAUGGACAGAGUGUUUCAUACGCAAUCCUUCAAUUCCCAGCCGGCUCUACCAACCCACCUCACACUCAUCCACGCUCUGCUGAGCUCCUAUUCCUUGUUGACGGAACCCUUGAAGUUGGCUUUGUUGACACAAAGAACAACCUCUUUACUCAGACUCUUCAGGCAGGUGACCUAUUUGUGUUUCCCAAGGGACUUGUGCACUUCCAAUACAAUGCUGAUUCAGAAAACCCAGCUCUAGCAAUCUCUGCCUUCGGAAGCGCAAGUGCAGGAACUGUUUCACUUCCUUCCACUCUGUUUGCUACCAACAUCGAUGACAUGGUCUUGGCUUUGUCCUUCAAGACGGAUGUAGCCACCAUUCAAAAGCUCAAGGCUGGUCUUUCUCCCAAGCCAUGAAGAUAGAAUUAUCAUGGAAUAACUUUUCCUUCACUUACUUCGUCUUCCUUUUUGUUUUUCUUUAAUUAAUAUGAUUUGAAUAAUUAUCCUUGAAGGUUCAUAGGAUAGGCUGUCAAAUAAUACUACCCAAAACAUUACUUCCA